AUGUCUGAACAGCCCUCAUUCGUGGCGAGCCUCUUGGCGGGAGGCAUGGCAGGCACAGCUGUAGACGUGGCCCUGUACCCGUUAGACACAAUCAAGACGAGGCUGCAGUCUCCCGAAGGCUUUGUCAAAUCGGGUGGUCUACGCGGGGUGUACAACGGUCUUAGCGCUGCGGCGGUGGGCUCUGCUCCAGGAGCGGCUCUAUUCUUUAGUUCGUACGAGGCUGCCAAGCACGCGCUGGACCCGGACUCUCCGCUAGCACACAUGGCAGCAGCCUCGGUGGCCGAAACGAUGGCGUGCCUCGUGCGAGUACCGACGGAAAACGUCAAGCAGAAGAUGCAGGCGGGGCUGCACGGUACGGCGACAGAGACCAUGAACGCCAUCUUGAAGAACAGCGGGAUGAUGGGGUUCUACACGGGCUACCUCACCACGGUGGUUCGCGAGAUCCCUUUCUCUUUCAUCCAGUUCCCGAUCUACGAAGGGCUUAAGGCGGCCUGGGCGAAGCGGAGAGGUGGCCCGCUGGAGCCGUACGAGGCGGCGGGGUGUGGGUCUGUGUCGGGGGCUUUCGCAGCGGCGGUCACCACACCCAUGGACGUGGUCAAGACCAGACUCAUGCUCGGGACGGACAAGCAUGGCGAGACCUACCGAGGCCUGGGGGACACGUUUCGACGGGUCUACACGGAAGAGGGGGCGGCGGCUCUAAUGUCCGGGGUGACGCCAAGGGUUACCUGGAUAGGCAUCGGCGGGUUCGUGUUCUUCGGCGUGUACGAGGGCGCCAAGACAUGGCUCAUGGGUUUGGGAGCUUGAAAAGCCUCCUCAGCGAAAUGAUGAGGAGAAGGCUUCCUGCCCAUGCCACACACGAGAGCCUCAACGGCGGCGCUGGUUCCCUUGGGAACGUUGAAGCUCACGUACGCCCCAGCAGGUCCUUCCUAACACGGAAAGUGUGGCUGGGACUGUACAGGGGACUUGGAAAUCGUGAAGUAGGGGAUAACGGCAGUGGUGGUGGUCUGUAGAAGGCCGCACAGCGGCACAGGGGUCUAGCCGGCCUUGUAAUACCCGGCACCCGGUACGCUAUUCCGAGCAUAUAAGACAACUUGAAUUUUCCGUCCGGGCUGCGCGAUUCACACGCCUUCUACAGGGCGUCCGUUCUUAUUUUGGCGGUCCUAUACACAGGGACCUGUACCGAGGGGGCAUUUGAAACCCCACGGCUUCUUGCACAAGUCGAGGGUAUUGACUGCGACCGCACGGGUUGGGAUGUCGCGUGCGCGUUAGAACACUUUUUUGGUGCGUUUGGUACUUGCCAUGGGCGCGUGUUUCGACGAAGAAGUCGUCUUGCCACGUCAUCGCUCAACCUACCCGCACGCGGGUCUCUGGUUUAUUUUGUCGUGCUGUAAGCGUUUUGCGGCCACGUACCACCGCCUGUCGGGAGGCCGCUUCCGACAGCGGAGGGUGCACCGUUGGUUGAUGUCUGUACAGGAGUCGUCACGUGGAAACGUCAGACUAGCAUGUACAUGCUGGAAGAGAACGGGAUCAUUAAGGGGUGUUUUUUUUACUGUUCCUCCCCCAGGCUCACGGAAUGGGAUGCUAAUUGUUUUUCGGAAUAAUUAUGGGCUCGUUCUGUUGGCUCAAUGAAGGGUUACGUUUGGUGGGAGCAAAGCUGUACGGCACGGCGAUGGGGCCUCGGCCCGCGUAGCACGUUGAAGAUAUAUUAUACUUGUAUAUUUUCCCACUACAAAUCAGUGUCCUCCGGUGUUUUGCGAUAUGGUAUGUGCCCUUGUACCACCGAGGUCGUCAGUGGUUUUCGUUCGCGAUGCAGAACGCGCCACCCAUAGCUGUGGCUGAGAGGGUUUUAUUUUUUUGAGAGUUGAUGGACUUGGAACUCGCCCGACGCAAAAGUCUAUAUACCUCUGUUGGGUGUCCUCACGGAGGAGCGACGGUUGCUGCCCUAAACAAGAGGUCUUGGGGCGAUGUUUGGAAAAGGUGUGGAUUUUAACGAUUGCAAGCGGGUGGCGGUGGCACCUUUCCAAGUGACGAACAAUGAGUGUUUAUUGUAGCGAUGGUGCCAAAACUGCAAGUCGUUUGCGUGCGUUCAAACCCAGCGUGUAGGGCAAAAGUUUUGGAAUUUUAUGUUGUAGUAGGCGGGGGGCUUGUCCUACGCCAGGUAGGUAGGUUUGGCGGUAGCUAGAGUACGGUGUGGACCAGGCAUCAGCAACAGAAGUCCCUCUAGGUCGGCAGGCGACUCAACCCUCUCUCUUUUCUUACCGCAGAAUUUACUCCGGCGAAUCGCGUUUACUUGAUGGUACCUCUGGUUGUCGCUGAGAACAUCACUCCAUUGGCAAUUUUCAUCGAUGGAAGAGCUUGGGUAGUUUAGCGUGCUUGGUGCCGCUCAACACGCACAUUAAUGCUGGCGUUGAACCAAGAAUUUUUGUAAGCUGUCUCUUUCCCUUUAGUUCACUUUUUUUAGUACGGUGUAUAUUUCCUUUUGGUUUUCAGUUGUUGUCUGAUGGAAUGGUAUAUUGUAUGCAUCCAUACCCGGUUGUCGUUGUGUGUGUGGAUGUUGUUUUUUUCGGCGUCAUGGGAAAGCAUGGUGUUGGGUAAGUAGCUGUAGGUGAACACCCUCUUCCCUUUUCAUGCUGGGAAGUUUUUUAAGCAACUGUAGACCGGAUGGAAGGGUGUGUGUGUGUUUCUGUACUAUUAUUAGUCAGCGUCGGCCGCGCGAACCGGAUGACCAAUGAAUAGACGGAAAAGAA